AUGAUGCCCCACGAUAAACUUCCCACUCCUAGCCCGGAUCCCGAGUUUGGAACUUCACAAGAGAACCGUUGCGCACCAGAAAUCAAUGAUCAUCACCCUUUGCACAGCUACUUUCAUGGGGUUCAAGUUGCGGAGCGCUUCGCAGAUAUGGCGUAUCUCUCCAACGUCGCUUCUGUUCUGAGAGAUAGGAUACCCUGCGGUACUCAUACGAAGGGAUACAUCCAUUACCCUGAUUCAUUUACCGGCAGAGACGUCAUGACAGCCAUCCAAUCGUUCAUACCUCGACAUCUGUGCAACGCACCCAACCUUGCAGCACUCCAAAUCUCGCAAAGCUUAUACUCCCAAACCCUCUUCCGCAACUUGGAAUGGGACAACCCACUCUUUCAAGAUUCGACACAAGAACUGUACGCCUUCCUCCCUGAAUAUCGGCCAUACGGAAAGAAGUUGGAGUCGAAGCACUUGCAAAGGCCUUCUGGGGUAAUCACGAUACUCACUCGAUGCUACUUCCCCAGCUGCGAAGCGGAAGGAAGGUGUUACGCACCUCGAUGUCCUAGGAAGGACCUUGCACAGCUGUCUAAUGAUUCAGCCGAGUCUGAUGCGGUGGAGCCGGAGGAGUUGGAGGAUAUCAUACCGGAUGAUGUCUUGAGAUCGUUGUCGGAAAAUGAGCUUAAUCGUCGACGGAUAAUACACAAGCUGAUCAAGAAUGAAGAACGAUAUGUCCGCGACCUGGAUAUUUUAUCAUCCGCUUUUCUCAGCCUGCUUUACGAGGCAUUCAUGUUGCCUGUCGACAAGAGUUUACUCGACCAUAUCGUCUCACUGGGUAACUUUCAUCGUCGGCUGUUAUCAGCCCUCUAUGCGCGACGACGAGAAGACAAUUCAAACUUGCAAUCAAUUGGGGACAUACUCCUGGAGGCAUCCUGCGACUUUAGGAGUGUCUAUGCGGCGUAUCUCGGUUUUCUCCCUUCAGCAGAGGAGCAAGCGAUACAUGAAAUGGAGAACCCCGACUUUAGAUUCUUCAUCGAGUUAUGUGACCGCACGAUUUCAAAACGACUGCCCCUUCGUCUCUCUUUCCACCAAUACCUCCGCAGACCAAUGGACCACCUCGAGACGUACUGUCUUUAUUUGGACGCACUACUAUCCUUACCUCCAAAUCCAGAUGGCACGGACCUCCGCUUGCGGGAAGCCCAAACCUCUCUGAGCACCGCCCUGGAUACUGCGAUGGUUUGUUACUUUCAAGCCAGCGGGUUUCCUUCAAGGGGCAGGUACCUCUGGGAUUGGGAUGCACUCGUUUCACAAAGUGUCAAGGAGGGGAUUGGAAAAAGGGAGAGGCUUCGGCAGUGUAUCAUAUUUGAGCUUAUCAAUUCCGAGAUGUACAUCGUCAAGGCGUUGGGUAAGAUUAAGAAUCUGUAUAUCACACCCCUGCGCACCGCGAACCCCCCGAUCAUCCCCCCGCUAUGCCUCGACCAGUUUAUUAAAGACGUAUUUGGGAACUAUGAGCAGGUUCUCCGCUACCACUCUAACAUUCUCUCUCAACUCCUCGAAGCUCAGAAGAGGGAACAUCCCCUCCUCGAUAUCUCCUCCAUCUCCGCUCCUUACCUCUCCCUCUCUGGGGCAUUUAGAGAAGCGUACAUGGAAUACAUACCCAAUCACAUCCAUGCGAAAUGGAAGAUUGAGCGUGAGAUGGAUGUGAACCCCAGUUUUAGGGCGUUCAUCGAGGACCGAACGAGACUUCUUGAUGCAGAUAGGCUUUGUAUGGGGUCUUUCUUGGGCCGCCCAAAUGGGCGGCUUAGAAAGCUAGGAAUGAUGUUUGGACGAUUCGAGGAGGAAACACGUGGAUUGGAGAUGGAGAGGGAGACAACUGGUUCAGAUGAGGUCUCUGAGGGCGUGACAGACCUGCGGAAGGUCCUUGAGAUUCUUCGGUCUGUUGGCAAGGAGAUUGAGCCUCUCGUUCAGGCUGCAAAGGAGAAGGUAGAGUUGGAGAGGUGUGAUGUGGGGUUGGUUUUCAGUAGGGAGGGGAGCGUCGAUUUCGAGUUGCUCAAUGGCAAACGACGCCUUCUGCACCAGGGGAAGCUUUUUCAUGCGCUUACGGAGUGGAGUAGGUGGAUGUAUCAUGUGGUUCUCUUUGACCAUUACCUGGUGAUGACAAGACCGAAAGUCAAAUACGGGGUGACGAAGUAUCUUGUCCAAUACCGGGUCCGUUUAUCUCUACCCCAUCUUCAUGUUGGGUUGCGUGGGUCUGAUAUUGAAGGGAAUGCAGCCGAUCCCACUGGACCUGCUCUCCGCCAGGAAUUUCAACCAUGCCCCCUUCUCAUGCAGAGAAAUGCACACCGCCAUUAUCCCACCUGGUGCAAGCUACCGCAAAUUAGUUUUACACAGGCUGUAACGACUACGGCACUCCCACCAGAUAUCAGCGAAGAUUCGCAUGUCCCCCCGGAUAUCAACCGAGAUUCACAUCUUGUAUACCCAUUCACGAUUCAAACACGCGGAAGCAGGGGUGGGAGUUGGAGGUUAUGUGCGGCGUCUUUGUAUGAGCGUGAGGAGUGGAAGAGGCAGUUGGAGGAGGCGGUAAAGCUGAGGAGAGUGCGACGGGAGGGGCGGGUGUUUGAGAUGAGGAUGAUGUUUGGCGGUGGGGCUGUCUUUGAGCACGGGCAAGGGCAGGGAAAAGGAGAGUUGGAUUGGGCAGGCCCGGGGAGGAUCAGCUGUUCCGCUCCUUUUGAUUGUUAUGGACAACAAUUCCUCGCUGUGGGAUGUGCGCAAGGCGUCUGGGUUGGCUCUCCUGAUGGUCUUUUCCCCAUGCGUCGUGUGCUAGAUGUGACGACGGUCAAGCAAUGUCAGGUUUUGCAAGACUUGGGUGUGUUCCUCGUGCUGGCGGAUAAGUCACUGCUUGCUUAUCGUCUUGAUGUUUUGGUUCAACCAUCCUCGCCAACGGCAUUGGCUCAAUCUCAUUCCUAUCCUCAGAAAGUCAGCUUGAGGGAGGUUCAAUGCUUUACUUCCAGGAUCCUUGAGGGCCGUAUCGUUGUGUAUGUGACUAAGAAAGGGAGAGAAAGUGUGGUUCAUGUGGUUGAGCCCGUUGUUGAUAGGAUCAACGAAACAUCCAAUGUUGUAACACCCAAGACUGCCACUGGAUUAUCGCGCAUUUUGGGAGUGGGACGAACCAAACCGUCACAGUGGUUCCGGAUUUGUAAAACCUUUUGUGGGCCUUUUGUUGCUCUCGAUAUACAGUUCCUUGGGCUCCAAGGAAAGAUUGCGAUUCGGUCGGAGAGGCAUUUCUACAUCUUGGACCUCACACAGUCACCGAAACCUGUUCUCAUGCCGCAACUCACGGAAGACCUCGCCUUGGCGAGGAGGUGUGCAUUGGCUCAACCGAUAGCCGUGUUCUUAUAUACAGAGGAUGAAUACCUCAUGUGCUUUGAUGAAUUUGGUAUAUUCCUCGACCAAGACGGGUGUCCAAGCCAACGCCGAGAGAGGAACAUCAUCGAAUGGGAAGGCGCCGCAAAGCGAGCGGUCCUGCUCCUGCCUUAUGUCAUCUUGUUUGAUAACACCUUCGUUGAGGUUCGGCAUUUGGAGACGGGAGGCUUGGUGCAGGUUCUUACUGGGGUUGGUAUCGAGUGUAUCUGGGCUGAGUCUGAUUUACCUGGGCGGGUGUCCGAAACAUGUAUCCAUUUGGCUAUCGAUGCUGAAUGGUCUAUGUUCGAAGACGUUCGCUUGGAGGGGAGGAUUGAGCAACGUAUCUAUGAGUUAUUGUGUAUACCUUAA